UAAUUCGAUUGCUGACAGUAGCCAUAUCGAUUAACAGCUGAUUCUACCAAUAGAAUUAACUUCCUUUACGCAUUCUAGCGUCAUCGCACAAUGCAUUUCUAAUUCAGUUUUCUGCAAUAAAUAAAACAAAAUUGUAUUCCUCUGCUGAACAAAAGUGCCCAAAUCACAAAUACCGUGCUGAAGUGAGUUUGUUGCUGUCAAAUAGAUAACACCCAAGGUGCAUACAGUACUGCUCCAAAGCGCAAUGUUUAUUGAACACGCCGAAUGAAAGAGGAGAAGAAGCAGAGUGAGUGCGCUGUGUUUUUUUGCCUUCCACCGUAAAGUGUAUUUUUAUUGGAAAGAAAAGCGUACGUGUAAACCAACGCUAGGCCAGGUGGCGAAGUAUAUAUAAUAUUGUAUAAAAAAAAACGUUUUAGUGAUUAGGGUUAGAACAGAAAAAGUGUAAAAGUGACAAGUUUGUGCGGGCUUUUGAUAAGAUAUGGAACGUAUGGAGGUGGACGAUUCGGCCGUGGUGGAUCUGAGCCUCGGUUCCGGCCGCUCUUCGAUCACGAUCACACCGGCCACGGCACGCGAUUUGCGUGCACUGGCGAAAAAUUCCGGACUCACCAUCACCCCCGCCCUGCCGCCCAUGCCCUCCUCACACGGAAGCAACCCCAUCGGUGGUGGGGGAGGUGGUAGUGCUCUCAGCCCAAAUGCACUGUCAACGAGCAGUGGAGGAGGAGGAGGAGGAGGAGGCGGAAUCGGAGGUGCUACUAGUGGUGGUGGUGGUGGCGGUAGUACCGGUGGAGGUGGUGGCGGUGGUGAAAGUGGCAACACAUCUCCCAUCCCCGGGCGACGGGUCCUGCGACCUCGCACGGAAGUGAAAUCGUACGCGGAAGUGCCCGAUAUAGUGCUGCUACCGGCCAAGGUGAACGGUCGAUCACAGAAUGGAAGUGGUGGGGGUGGCGGUGGUGGCGGCAGUGGAAGUGUCACCGCUGGGCUGUCGGAAUCCGAAGAUGAGGAGAUGCCACCGGUAUACCCAAUCAAGGAGCUAACGGCGGCCGAAAUCUGCGAACGGGAGCGAGGUCUCCGCAAGCUGCGCGAGGAACUUCGUAGCGAAGAAACAAAGCUGGUGCUGUUGAAAAAGUUGAAACAAUCGCAGCAGGUCAUGAUGAAGGAGAACCUGAUCGUGACACCAAGCAACACGAACCUCUCCAACCCGCUCGCUUCGAUCCCGGCCGCACUGACGAAGGGUUCGCUAAGCGUCACGCCAACCAAUGCGGUGCCACUGCCAGCCCAUUCGAAAUCUUCUUCCUCCACCAAACCCAUCUCCAAUCCGGUGAAUAAUCGAGGCUCACCGUUGAAUAUCACUCCGGUACCGAAGGUGUCCCUUUCGCAACGACCAUCCUUGCCGGGUGGUGCGACACUAACACCGAGCAGUCCCGGACAGCGGUUGCCGAUUGGGUUGAGCCGUGCCGCAUCCAACCUCAUCAUCACGCCGUCGGUGACAAUCACACCGACCAAUGCGCCCACCGCGGCCAUGAAGCAGCGCAAUAGCCAGAAUCUUGGGCAGCUCAGUAGCUCGGUAUCCAUCACACCAACACCACCAAUACCGGCCCAAAUAAGCUGUACGACUGUGGAACCGGUAUCGCUGAAGCGCGAUCGUGACCAAUCGACCCGAGAGGAUCCACAAAGCCAAGCUCAACGGCAGGCGUCCGCUAAAUUGGCACUGCGUAAGCAGUUAGAGAAAACUUUGCUUCAGAUUCCACCACCGAAACCGCCACCACCGGAGAUGCACUUUGUGCCGAACCCGAGCAACAUCGAAUUCGUGUAUCUGCUCGGGCUCGAGCACGUGGUGGACUAUCUGACGAAGGACAAAAAACCGAACCCACCGCAACAACCGUACCGGUGUGCGCAGUGCAAGAUCGACUUUACGCCCGUCUGGAAAUGGGAAAAACAGGGUAAAAGAGGAAAUCCCACUUUUCAGAACAGUCCAGUUGGCAAAGAUCCUAAAGUUAUUUGCGAACAGUGCGUGACGAGUAACGUGAAGAAGGCACUCAAGGCGGAACACACGAACCGUCUGAAGACGGCCUUCGUAAAGGCGCUGCAACAGGAGCAGGAAAUCGAAGCCCGACUCGCUGCGCAGAGCAGUCCCUCACCGGUCGAAAUCCAUCCCACGCCGUCGUCUACCCCCGGAUUGCGUGAGCAGCGAGAGUUGCGCGAGCUGGAACAAGCCCAACAGCAGGCACAAGCCCAGCAAGCAGCACUGCAACAUCUGCAGCAGCAACAGCAGCAACAGCAGGCGGCAGCGGCCGCUGCAGCUGCUGCUGCCGCUGCCGCCCAGCAGGAACGGCAGGAGCGGCAACAGCGUCAAAAGGAGCAACAGGAGCAAUUACGGCAGCAGCAAGCUCAACUCCAGCAGCUGCAGCAACAGCAGCUACAGCAGCAGCAACAGCAGCAGUUACAGCAGCAGCUGCAACAGCAACAGUUGCAACAACUGCAGGAACAGCAGCAGCAGCAGCAACAGCAGAGUCGCCAUCACCAUCUCCAUCAGCUGCACGCCGCACACCUGCAAUCUCAGGCACCCUCGAAAUCGAAAACUCCUACACCGACGCCACGACCCACGCCGACACCACCGAACCAACACCAGACGCCGCCACCCGCAUCCAGUUCGCGUUCCAGCAGACACAGCGCAACGGCGAACGCGACAGCCGAGGCAGCGGCCGCCCAGCUUACCGCACUGGCCGGGCUCGGCGGUCUGGGACAGCUUGGUGCGCUUGGCAACUUUGGCAGCCUGGGCAAUUUGGCUAAUCUAAGCAAUUCAACGGCAGCGGCUGCCGCCGUGCAGGCACUACAUCAGCAGCUGUUCAGAGGUAGACUUCAACAAAAUCUACAGGCUGGUAAUCUAAACAUGAACAGCAUACAGGCGCAAAUGAUGCAAUUUUCGCCUCUACUAUACUCCUAUCAGCUGGCGAUGGCGCAAGCAGCUGCAUCACUAUCGGCAGCCGGUAAAGGAUCGUCGCUCGCCGAAAUGCAGCGUGCGUUGGAAUUGCAACGCCAGUAUCAAGAGAUGCUAUCACAGUCCAACCCUGGACCAAGUAACAGUAGACAGAACAACUGGAAAUCUUAAGCAAAUGCAUCGAUACGAUUGAAUGUAGCAAACGGCGUACCAAUGCUGCUGGCAACGAUGUUCAUGCAAAUACUGCCACCGUCCCUUCAAUACACAUAUGCUCCAAGCGGCUUAGGACGAAGUGUGCAAAAUGAGGGAAGUGACUUAAUAUCGUGCAAAACAUAACUUUGCGAGCAUUGCCGUAUCACUAUCCUUCAGCACAUCACAGCAUAACAAACCCCCUUCGGUUUUGCUGCAUGCGGCGGUGUAUAUUCGCUUGCCCACAAAGGCCCAACAGUCGACAACAGAAUUCGAAAAAAAACCCUUGUCGUCGAGCAAAACAUGAAACACAAGCAGAAAACAAGUCCGAGGAGAGAAGGCUUCACACCGCAGACUGACUCUGGCUUUAAAUGCUAAUGGGCGAUGAUAACAUAGUGAGUGCUGUUUUAGUUGUAAGUUACACUUUUUGUUUUUAUAUGUUUUUACUUUAUAUCAUUUUUAUAAUUGACGAUAAUUAAGACACGAUAGUAGCAGUAAUUUAGGUAAUUUGGCUAGUGUGAACAAAUGCGUUUGUUCGUUUCGAAGAACACUUACACACCACGACCAAACGGGAAGAAAAACAGACAAACUAUAACGAUCGGAUCACAUUUCUAAGGUUCCAUCGUAUAGUAGUCGGCAACGUACGACUUAACACCAAGCCCAUCUGUCCGGCUCUAGGUAAAUCAAGCCAGCCAACAGAGAGGCUAGGCGAUAACGAUUGUAGAGCAGAAUAAGGGAAAACAAAAACUGCACCGUGAUGGACACUCCUGUGUGUGUGAAGGACAUACAGGUAAUUCCCGAGAUACACCCGACUACAAUCCAAUCAAUAUCGUUUCAAAUUGACAGUUUUAGAAUCAAUUAACUUGUCUACUCGUAAUGUAUUCCACUUUUUAGGCAAUUUUUUGAAGGACAUUUUUUUUGAAGAAACAUUAUCAUGAACUACAAGAGGUACCGUGUAUCUCGGGUCCUAUCUGUAAUGUGUCCCCAUUCGCAAAUUUCCGAUCCCCAUUGUUGGUGCUACAUUGUGUGGACACAAUUUUUGCCUUUUGAUAAUGAUAUAAAUUUAACAGUACUUUGGUUUUUCUUUCACCGUGUUUAAUGUUUUAGUCUAUAUUACACUACGAAUAUUUGUUCACAAAACACAUACUAGUACUACUACUAUUAGGAUGAUAAUUAGGCACCAUUUUUGCAAUGGCUUUCUUCUACACUGUAGUGUACAUUUUGUUUAGCGCUACAGCAAAAAUAAAAUGAAACAAAAAGGAAUUGGCACACAGACACACUGAGAAAUGCGUGUGAAUGUUAGCAAUGAAGCAGAUUAAUUUUUGUGUCCAUUUGUGCAGUUAUUAUAAAAAAGAAGAGUUAUCCUUUCCCACCCUCCCAAUACUUUCACUCUAGUCUGUGCUUUGUAAUUGAUUAUAUUAGCAGCAGCAGCAGCGAUGAUGCACAUCAUCAACUUGGAAAUGGUAUUUUUGUUUCUGAUGUUUUGGAUGCCAGUUAUAUAUUUUUAAAUAACUGUGCUAGAACAGUAACCAUAAAACAUGGUAUAAUUUGGUAUGGGUCAAAUCAUAUAAACGAUUUUUUUCAUGCGGUGUUUUACAUGGGUUUAACUGCUUGAAUUAAAUGCCAACAUACUGCUUCUACUAUGAUUAUCUGCAACUGCCAAAGGAGUCAUCCCCGGCGAAUACAAUGUCUCGAGUUUACAAAAGGUUAAGGUUCAUGUCUAGCUAGACUGAUUCAGUUAUGGAUAUUUUAAUUCCUCCAUAAUGAACCAAAAGGCAUGGCCCAAUCGGCAGAGCCACGAUAUAAAGAGACGAUUGCUAUCUUACGAGAUUCUCGAAAUGUAGAAAUAUGUUGACGUCUAAUUCUAUUAUGUAAAACCCUACCAAUAUAGCCUUGCCAGCCCUAGCCCAUGACUUUGAUAUGUCUUGGAAUUCGUUUUCCAUAAUGAAAGAAUGAAAGCAAGAUCAAUUAAGGUUAUAGCAGAUCAGUUCUGAUUAAAAAUUACGUUUUUGGAUGUUUGGUUCUGAUUUCUUUAAAGGCUGUUUUGCAAACAGAAAGGAUCAUGAUAUGAUAGUAGACGUACCUAAGUAAAUUAUAAUUAAUGGACAUCAUCAUCAAUACAGAACGUAUUUCUACAGUUUAUAGCAGUACCAUCAUUUUCCAUGAUGAACUUGAGCUCCUAUAUCUUUGAAUCAACUGGAUUAACAAAAUGGUUUGUUAGAAAAUCAAAAUAUUAUUAAUUUGUGUGAUUCCCAUCGUGCAUGAUUGACGUAACUUAUCGGUUGUUUUUAUACCCAACUAUCUCUGUACCGUAUACCCAUGCCCCGGUACGUUGGUUUAGUUAAAAUACUCCUGUGAGGGUAGAUAGUUUGAUUUUGUUAACUGAAUUCACUAAAACAAAUCCCGUUUUUUUCUAUUUUCAAUUUGUGACGGUAUUUUGUGAUUUUCGUCAGCUGUUUACAUUUGCGGGAAUCAUUUCCUAUUUAAUGCGCGUAUACACUGUUAGGCGAUAUCAUGGACGCGUUUCACGUACACUUACUACCAAAUAUAAUAUAAAUCAACUUAUAAACUAUCAUAAACAAGUAAUAAAAACAUAAAACAAAGGAUCAAACCCGCAGCAGCAGAUAAAGAAAAAAACGCAUGGUAUAGCUGCCUGAAAGCGGAACGAAUUAAAACCCACACCACGCUUUCGUCGUGUGCGUAAUCGUGUCUCUGCAUUGCAAAAUUUGUGAUAAACUUUUCCCGUCCUGCUUAAACGUAUGCCGUAGCGGCAGGACCUUUUGUUUGCUCAAUUAAACAGAGAACACGAACGCACGAUCGGUUUGACUGGAGGAUGGAGGAAAUGGAUAGCUUAAGUAAGAGCUAUGCGGUGGUUUUUAAUUUUUGAAUGUAUGCAACGAUCUGGGAUUUUCAGUUAACGAAUCACUUGGCACGUGAUUGACACGACGCGAGUGAGUGUGGCAAACUGUGAGUGAAAACAUUACCUUCCACUAUUGGUUCGUGGCGUAAAUGAACCACACUCAUUGACGGCAUGUUUCAUGUCUUAUAGACAGGAUUAUGGAAUCCACGUUAUAAUUUUAAACUAGCUUGCGUUAAUGUAUUUGUGUAAAAAAGCAAUUUAUUGUUUCGUUUUUUGUUCAAAUUAUAUUUUACAUAUUAAAACUGUCGUAUGCAGAGUUUUCGUAAUAGCUUUCAGCACUAGUAGGUGUAUUGUUUUUUUCCUUGUUGUGUAUCCCAUCCUGGCAGAUGCCACAAUACAAUUACAUUACGAUAGAAAACAAGAACGGGAAAGGAUACAUUUCUAGGUCAGGAAAUGGUAGCAGCUAACAGAGCGAAUAAUUUUUUUCCCAAAAAAAAACUUCUAAAUCGACUUUUGGCAAAAAGAAGCGUCGACAGGUUUGCGACCAGAAAGCAGAGAAAAAAAAGUUAAGCUAGGUUAAAGUUUAGAAAUGAGAAAGUAUGAGUAAGCGCGUGUAAUGUAAAGGGAAAGGAAAAGUAUAACAAAAAUUAAGACAUAUUUUAGGCAAAUAACAAUAAAACAAACGAAAAAUAUUGACUAGUGUGACAACAGUUUGAUGCACCAGUAACUUGUAAGGCUAGAGAUUGAAACAAUUGCAGACGCGAAAGAGUGCUAAAGUGGAAACUAGCGAGCGUUAGAAGAGGAAGAGAUAGAGCAGGAAAAAUCUACAAAGAAAUUCUAAGUAAUAUUUUUUAAGUCUAGGCUAAAAACGAAUUUGGUCGUAAGGUUAAAAAAGGAGAAAAAUUAGCUCGAAAAGUGUUUUCUUUUUGUUUGCUUGAGAACCAGAUUCCAAUUUUCCGACAACUUGUUAUCGAAAGAUAUAUACACACACACCGUCAGAACAACAGAAAAGGUGCGUGUGUAAUUCGUAACAAGAGUAAAAGGAAAAAGUAGAAUAAAUCAAAAGAAAAGAAAAAAAAUACAAACUGUAACACAAGAAAAAAAAAUCAACAAAACAGCUCCCCGGAAAAACAUAUAACAUGUUUGUGUCACUUGAUAUAAGGAAAACCAUUGAUCACGAUUAUUUCAUCUCAUUUUCAAUGAUCUUAGAAUUAUUGAAAAUGGGAGAAAUGAUAAAUCUUUGAACUCAAACACAUCGGUAAUAUUCGCCUGAUUUGUUAACAAUUUGUUGUUAAAAAAUUUAAAACAUUUAUCGUAAAUUUUAAUAUUAUUUCCCUGUGUUUCGUUCAACCGAUCGUUUCUUUUUACGAUAUUGUGUUCAGUUGGUUCCGACAUUUAUUAAAAAUGCCGUAAAAAUUUGAUUUUUCGAUUUUAAAUUCUAUUCGUUUGUUUUAUGCUAUUUUCUGUUCUAAAAGCAUAAACAUGUUAUACAGUAAAUUGAGUAAAAUAUAAAAUCUGCAUCAUAUUACACCCAUUUUGGCGUGCGAAAAAAAAGAAACGAUCCUAACACUAACAUGUGGUAACCGUCAAGCAAAAGAAGCCAUGUGCAGGAGUAAAUGUUAAAAGAAAUAAACCGACACGACAUUACUUCAAUUUUGCUAUAUUAUCAGUAACGAUAAUAAAUAUAAAAACAGUAAAAAGAAAA